CGUGACUUUGCUACAUAAAGUGAACAUAUCGCAGUAUCAUAUCAGUGUAAAAAUUCCAACAACAAAUGAAGUUAUUCAACGGAACGGUUUUUGUUGCGUGUCUCGCACUUUUGAUAUGUUUUUUUAUUACGACUUCUGACUCAACGAUUUGUAAACCAUUAUCUAAAUUCAAAAUCGAUUGCAACACUUGCAAAUGCAGUGAAGAUGGGCGGCAAUAUUCUUGUACCGAAAUGAGAUGCCCACCAAUGGAUUUUGACGAUUUUUUCAAGGAAACUGAUGAAAGUGGGUUUGUGUUAUUGAAACCAAAAGAAAAAAUUAAAAGUUAUGAUGAUGACCUGACUUAUUCAAAUGGAAAAUAGAGCAGAACCUGAUUUUUGCUACUGUGAAGAUAAAGAUAAACUUUUUUUUAACAUUGUAUAAAUAAAAAUGUUUCUUUUUAGAAUA